GGACAGGUCUUGGCGCAGGUGCCCCCCAUGAUCUCCGCCCCGCGCAUCAACGUGGUUCCCAUGCCGCCGACGGCACCGCAUAUCAUGGCGCCGAGACCUCCGCCCAUGGUUGUUCCAGCUGCGUUUGUCCCAGCGCCACCAGUACCUCAGCCACCCAGUGCUCCGGCGCCACCUGCCCACCCACCUCCACCUCAUGACGACGAGCCAGUCAACAAGAAGAUGAAGACAGAAGACAACCUGGUGUCAGAGGAGGAGUUCCUGCGUAGGAAUAAGGUUUGAUAAAGCAAAAAUAAUUAAGAAAACAUUUUAUAGUACGGUAGUCCUUCUC